CACACGCUGACGUUUCUGGAUUAAAGAUGACCUUUUUAAAACAGUGAAACCAAGAAUCGGCUUUAAAUCAAGUUAUGGAGCUUUCCAUCCAUUUUGGCUAUACGGUAAUGAUCAAGGUCUCAGGCCCUUGAAACCUGUACACAUCCCCCUUAUGGAUAAAGCAUGUCUAUAAUGGAGUUCCAGCACAACAAAAGUGAUGGCGUUUACAUGAGCACUGGCCACAGGAGACAGACGAGUGCAGAGAUAGUGUCAGAGGCUCGACGCUCUCUCAGAUCUCUUGCCACACAGAGGCCUUUCACACCUCAGGAGAAAAACCGGCAGCUCUUUGGAGAAUCAUCAUCUCGUGCACGUGAUGGGCGACCACCAUCUGCAUUCAGUCUUCAUGCCCGACAUUUUGAAGCUCCUGACUCCAGGCCAGGAUCUGGAACUCGUCUCAAUCCGCUGGAACAUAAACCCAGGGUGUCUGUUUCCCUGGAUGAGGAUGGAGGUGACGAUGAAGCUGCUCUUCCCAAACCCCCAGCAGAGCGAGGAGGUACCAGGACUGGAUCAGGAGGUUCUCGUGCCAGACUGCUUAGAGCAACAUCCGUUAGCAAAAUGCCACCUAUGACACCAAAUGCAAAAAAUAUGUCUCCAGAGGCAAGGAUUGGAGGAGACCAACUAGAUGACGGAGACAAUCUACGCUCAGCUGAUAUUACAAAGCAUAAAACAAAAUCCUCCUCUGAAACUGAUCUGCACACGCUUAGGAGACCACGAAUUGAUGUUUCCAGUCAAAGUGGAUCAAAACCAGAUGCAGAUGACAGUGAGGAUGAAUCUGUGUUCUGGAACACUAAAGUCCUGCCCGUCCUUCAAGAAUUCGAGUCCUUUGCUGGAGGUGAUGCUGUGUCAGAUGAGAUUGUGGGACAGCUGUGUAACUCAUGCAAUGGUCUCUAUGAUGCCCUGGCAGAGAGAGGCAUGCUGGGAAGGCAGUGUAAAAAGAGGUCCGGCAUACUGAGAAUACUGUUCAGACUUAUAGAUGUUGGAUCGGACCGACUUAACCUAACGUUAGCCAAGCUUAUUCUGGCACUCAAUGUGAGUGGGAAUAACUUGCUGAACAUCUGCAAACUCGUCUUCAAAAUCAGCCGGAACGCUAAUAACGACGCCCUGUUCCUCAAGGGCUCCAUCCUAGACUCCCUUGUGUCUCUGCUCCAGUGUGACGAUGUGUGGAGUAAAGGUGAGGCCAUUCUGUACUGUGUGGGCUCACUGAAGCUCCUCUCAGGAAACAGUGCCCUCUCCAGGCUGCUGCUGAAUAAAGGCUUCAUCGCCGUCCUGAUGCAGUUGUCAAAGAGACUGAUGCACGGCCCAUCUGCAACUUCAGCUAAUGUUAAUACUCGCAAGUCAGAUGGAGAAGGUCAGCAGAUCAUCACAGGACACAUACUGGUACAGGUCACAGGAGCUUUGAGAAAUAUAGCCGACCAGUCUGAGUCUCGGCCUUCCUUCCUGUCCAACAAGGCAUUUUCUACUCUUUGCUUGAUUCUGGAAAACCACCGCAAUGACCUCGACGUCUGCAUUAAUGUGGCCCGAAUAUUCAGCAAGCUGUCCACCUACACCGAAUGCUGUCAUGCACUCGCUGAGACGCCACGCUGCUGCAGCCUAUUUUUGGAGCUGCUAGGCAAACACAGCAGGAAACAGGAUCUUGUGGUGCGUCUCCUAUUCACACUAGGGAAUCUGACCGCAAAGAGCACUGAAGCCAGAGAGCAAGUCUAUGAGGAGGAACAAGGAAUGGAUGUCCUCCUAGAUCUUUUCCAGGCCUACCUGAAAACACCAUCACCCCCUGAACAAUGUUGUUCUCCAGAGAGAGAGGACGUCCUGGUCAAACUAAUCAGAUUGCUGGCCAACCUGGCCAUCCAUCCCACCGUGGGCACAGCAUUGGCUGCCAACACAUUGUGUGUACAGCUGCUACUGAAAGUUCUGGAGUGCCGGAGUGUCCAGGAGAGUGAGGAGUUAGUGAUCAAUGCAGUGGCCACCAUCAACAACCUCUCUUUCUACCCUUCCCAGAGCUCAGUGAUCCGUUCCCAACACACACACAUCUCCCAGUUGCUGCUCAAGCUCUUGCUGGGCUCCAGUAUGGAUGCAGUUUUGGAGGCCACGCGGGUGUUUGGAAACCUGUCACAGAUCAAAGACGUGAGACGCUUCGUCAUGCAGCACAAAGUGGAGCAGUUUGUCAUAACCCUCUUGGACUCCAAGAGCCCUGAUGUGUGUUUCUCUGCAUGUGGAGUUCUCAUCAACUUAUCUGCAGAUCCUGACAACAGGGCCAUGCUGAGCGCCGAGGGAGCCGUUCAGAAGCUUGUUGACUGUCUGCGUGACUUCGGGCCUCAGGACUGGCAUUUAGCCGCUGUGGUGUGUCAGACUCUGUGGAACUGCUCUUUAGAUGGAGAGCUCCAACACGCUCAAGAGCUUCUGGAGAUCUUACGGCUGUACACAGACAGAGAAGCUUUGCAGUGGCCUUCUGAAGACGGAGUCAGACAGGUUCAGGAAGCACGCUGGGAGCUGCUGUUUGUACCAGUAGCUGAAAGGCUAAGACAACGUUUACAUAUUGAAGACACCAUUUAAAUCAUUCAAUAAGCUCAAGUGAUGCACAGCCUCGUCUCCGGUCUUCACACGUACAAGCAAGCUGAGGAAUGAGCCGGUGUGUAUAAUGCACUUUAAUACAAGUUAAUACUGUAUAUAGGCUACUGUUCAAAUAAUUAUAUACAAACAAUACUAUUCGACUGUUUAUUAUUCAACACAUAAUUACUGUAACAUUCAAAGAUAUUAUGAAGGCAAUAAUCAUGU